CCCACUCAUUUACUCCCUUCUCCACUCAGCACCUCCUCCCCAUUUCCCAACAUCAAUUCUUCCAACCGGCGCUGCUGCGCACUGGUUUAUCCUAAUCCUACAGCAGUGCAACGCGGCGGCGGCGGCGGCGGCGGCAGCAGCAGCAGCAAAACUGCUGCAGAAUUAAUUGGCCGGAGAAAACAAACAAACAAACAAACAAACAAACAAACAAUCCCCUCAAAUUGAGAUGGCCCCAUCCCUCCCCUCCUCUCUCGAUUCCUCCUCCGGCUCUGCCGUCGCUGUCGUUACAGUUCUAUCCAAAUGCACCGUCUAUCCGGACGCCGCGUCGGUGCUGGGCGAUCUGAAGCUGUCGGUCUCCGACCUGCCGAUGCUGUCGUGCCACUACAUCCAGAAGGGCCUCUUCUUUUCUCGCCCUCCGAUCCCCAUUGCCGCCCUCUUGUCCCUCCUCAAAACCUCCCUCUCCCGCGCGCUCUCCCUCGUCCCGGCCCUCGCGGGCCGCCUCGUCACCCUCCCCGACGGCCGAAUUGUGAUCUCCUGCGACGGCUCCGGCGUCGAAUUCUCGCACGCCGCCGCCCCAUCGCUCACGCUCUCGUCGCUCCUCCCUCCCUCCUCCGACGUGCCGCUGCCGGUGAGAUCGCUCUUCCCCUGCGAGGGCGUGAUCAGCUUCGACGGGCAUUUCCGGCCCCUGGCGGCGUUCCAGCUCACCGAGCUCGGCGACGGCGCCGUCUUCGUCGGCUGCGGCGUCAACCACGCCGUGGUGGACGGGACCUCCCUCUGGAGCUUCUUCAACGCCUGGGCCGAGCUCUGCCGCGGCGGCGCGCCCGAGCCGCCCGAAUUCCGCCGCGACUUCUUCGGCGGCUCUCCGGCGGUCCUGCGCUUCCCCGGCGGCGCGGGCCCCGAGGUCACCUUCCCCGUGAACGCGCCGCUGCGGGAGCGCAUCUUCCACUUCGCCCGCGAGGCCGUCCAGGACCUCAAGGCGCGGGCCAACCGCCGCGCCGUCGUCAGGAAGCUGUGCUCCGACCGGCUCCGGGAGGCGGAGAUCUUCGGGAAGCUCGCCCACGACCCCAAGGCGACCUCGGAGGGGGCGGGGGCGGGGGCGGGGGCGGGGGCGGGAGGAGGCGAGGCGGGAGCCGUGACGACGUUCCGGAUGGCGGUGAACUGCCGCCACCGCGUGCGGCCGCGCGUGGCCGCGGAGUACUUCGGGAACGCGAUCCAGAGCGUGGCGACGCGGGCGAGCGUGGGGGAUGUGGCGUCCCGGGAGCUGCGGUGGGCGGCGGGGCUGCUGCACGCGAGCGUGGCCGCGCACGGGGACGCGGCGGUGCGGAAGGCCGUGGCCGAGUGGGAGGCGGCGCCGCGCUGCUUCCCCCUGGGCAACCCGGACGGGGCCGGGAUCACCAUGGGCAGCUCCCACCGCUUCCCCAUGUACGACGGGAACGACUUCGGGUGGGGCCGCCCCCUGGCGGUGCGCAGCGGCAAGGCCAACAAGUUCGACGGCAAGAUCUCGGCCUUCCCCGGCAGGGACGGCGAUGGGAGCGUCGACCUCGAGGUGUGCCUCGCGCCCGACACCAUGGCGGCGCUGCUCCAGGACCACGAGUUCAUGUCCUACGCCUCCGCCCACAAUUGACCAACCCAAGCGCCGCCGCCGCCGCCGCCUCCUUUCUUCUUCUUUCUUCUGCUUCUUUCUUCUUUCUUCUUCUUCUUCUCCGCGGCGGCUGUGGAUUUGCCUGUGUGAAAGGGACGUGAUGAGAUUUGGGCCUACCGCAGAAGAUAUAGAUAUAUAGAUAUUUAUAUAUGUAGUAGUGCUAGCUAGUGUAGCGGUCUAUCAAUAAAGAUGGGAGGCAGGAGACGAUGGCCGCCGUUGAAGGACCAAUGAUAAGUGUACGAGUAGGAGAGAAUCGAUAUUUACAGAGCUAGUUUUGUUAUUCGGAGCGGCAACAUUAGUUCUGGAAAUAUCAAUUUUCAAAGUAUCUAACCCCACAUAAUAAUGGCUGCGCUGGCAGUGUCGUGCUCUUCGACCUUCCAAAAGUCCCCUGCGAUUGUUAGAGGGCAGAAUUUGGAGGGAACUCGUAAAUCGAUAUUUCUAGGAUUUGGGAAGCUAGCUGGGAGGGAGGAUUAGUGCGUUGGGGAUGUAAAUAGCCCUCGUAUUUAACCCAUUAAUGAAGAACGGAGACGGAGAGAGGGUUGAGGGGCCUAAAGAGGGGCACAGCUGAUCUAGCUAGUGAAACUGACACUCCUGCCACUUACUUGUAUCCUUUAAUUUUGAUUUACAAGUUACUCUUCUGUUUCUUGCCUACUUUUCUUUUUAGUGAUGAUCUUCCCAUUCUUAUUA